UCUCCAUUUCUCCAUCUAUUUGUGCGGUUCUAAGUGAAAAAUAGCUUACAAAUUUUCUACCUUGUCGAAUAUUACUAUUCAUUUACUUUAUUUUUAAUCUCUUGUUUUCGCAAACGUUUUUAAGGAACUAAGCAGAAAUGGGCUUCCACUUCAUAAAUUCUGUAAAAUAUAAAAAAUCCGUAUCAGAACCAUAGUAAAUACUUUGUAACAUUCAUUUGACCUUUUUUCUAUGUAUUGAAGUGAAAAUAUAUAGCGCAAAUAGAAUAAUAUUAGAGUAUUCCGUCGAAUAUAUGCGCCAAAUCCAGUACGUCAGCAAAAAUGAACUUCAAAAUUUUCAGUUCGCUAUUAAUAGGGGACUUUGCUUUAUCUGGACCCACUUGAUUGCAAACAUACUGUUGUUGGUAAAAUAGCGACACCAACAAAAAGCAAUGUUUUCGCUUGUACAAGGUGUGCGUGUAAUAGCACAAAUGCAAAAUUUUGCAUAUAAAUUGUAUGAGAAUUUGUAGUGGAAUUGAGAUAAAAGAUGACCUUGAAGUCUUAUCUAUCUAUGCAAGUUAUUAUGUAUAUGCAGCGAACCGGCCGGAAACUACAUACAUACAUGUAUAGAAAUUAUAUGUAGAUGCACACAUAUGCGGCAAUACAUUUCUCAUUUGCCAUCAUUUGUGGUUAUCAAAGCCAAAGGGUAACGUUUUGGAAGAUUGUGUAUUAUAUAAUAAAUUUUAAUAUACCGAAAUUGAAUUAUCAAUGCUUGAAAAGAUUUUACAAUAUGAUUGAUCGUUACAUUAAAAAUAAAAAUCUAAACCCAAAAAUUUAUACUAUAAAAAAAUGCUUUAGGAAUAUAUUUAGAUAGUGGUAAGUUAGAUCAAAUGUUUAUGAUGUUGAAAAAUUGUUUUAGGUAAGUUCUGUCUUGAUUAUCUAAGCGUAAUAUGAUUUUAUAAAUAGAUUUUUCAAAGUCUCUUAAAAACAAAAAUAAGAUUAGUAGGGGCACUAUGUCAUAAAAAAACUCAGUAAAUAAGUAGAUCUGUAUAUGCGGAUUGACGCUCGUGCACGCAUUGAUUUCUACUUUGUGAUAAUAUUUUACAAUGACAAUUCUGGGUACAUACAACAAAGCACAGUUGUCAACUAUAUAUGUGAUAAUACCAAUGCAAGCAUAUUCAUAAAGAUAAGCAAUUGAUGUACGACUACGAGUAACGGAGGCUCGCCUGUUUGACAUCUGUUUUGUUGUCAGGCGAAGUGAUGUUUAUUUAUAAACGUUUAAUUUUUAAUUAUUUGACCAACUGACGUACAUAUAAUUGAUAUGGACCUUUUGACUUUGUUGUUGAUAGUGAUAUUUAUUUUAAUAUUUAUACUUUUUUCAUCUUAAAUGAAAUCUAUUUAAAAAUUUUAAAUUGAGUAGCCAUUAUAGGAAUGUAUUAAAUUAUUUGUGUACAAUUUAUGUAUUUGUACAUACGUCCCAAUGAUGUCGAUUACAUGCACACAAAACUACUUUACACUAGUGCACUAAUAGUUGAGGAAGGUAAUGUAAUAAACAAAUGCAUCUUAAUUUUUCUUGGCGCCGCUACAACAACUAUAAUCUCAAGGUCAAUAACACGACAUAUAAAAAAGUUUACCAUCUUUCGAAAGGCAAAGGCAUUAUUGUUUUUAUUGAGGCGAAAUUAGGGAUAUGUCAGCUGUGUCAAAACAGAGCCUGAGUGGGAAUAUAGCUAUUAAUAAUAUUUCUUUUAGCAUCACCGCGACGAAUUUCAUAUCUAUAAUUAGCAACUUGUUUAUGUGGCAACGAAAGAAACUGAUGUUUACUUAGAAACAAAAUAUUUUCGAUUGCAUUUUGAGGAAUAUUUAAAGGAAAUGGUGCGAAUAUUUAAGGUUGAUAUGCCAAUGGAUAUAUGGUAUUUAUAAUAUAUCAAUCCACAAGUGUAUGUUUCAAAGCCAUGUACACCGUAAGAAUAAAACAUUUAUUGUAUCUAAGUACCAAGAAUUUUAUAUCUACCAUUUCUUACAACCUGUCCGUCUUUUCUGUUUACAUACUCAUUUAUUUUUAUAUUAAAUUUAAAUUUAAUUCCUUUGGUGACGAAACCUUUUUCUUUUAUAUGCAGGCUGAACCAAUUCGUGUUGUUGUCACUGGUGCUGCCGGUCAGAUUGCAUACUCUCUGCUGUAUAUGAUUGCACGUGGCGAGGUGUUCGGUAAGGAACAACCUUUAGUUUUGCAUUUACUCGAUAUUCCUCCAAUGAUGGGCGUACUUGAGGGUGUUGUCAUGGAAUUGGCUGAUUGUGCUCUGCCACUCGUGCGUCAAGUUAUCCCCACCGCCGAUCCCGCUGUAGCAUUUAAGGAUGUUUCCGCUGCCUUUUUGGUCGGCGCCAUGCCACGCAAAGAGGGUAUGGAACGUAAGGAUCUGUUGUCCGCCAAUGUGAAAAUCUUCAAAGCACAAGGUCAAGCUAUUGACCAGCAUGCACGCAAGGAUAUUAAGGUCUUGGUUGUUGGCAAUCCAGCCAAUACCAAUGCAUUGGUAUGCUCUCAUUAUGCACCAACAAUUCCACGUGAGAAUUUCACAGCCAUGACUCGUUUGGAUCAAAAUCGUGCUACCGCACAAAUCGCCGCUAAAUUGGGCGUACCAAUUAGUGCCGUUAGAAAUGUUGUAAUCUGGGGUAAUCACUCUUCCACACAAUUCCCUGACCCUAGCAACGGUAUUGUUGAAAUUAACGGCAGUACCAAGCGCGUCUGGGAUGCUGUCAACGAUGCUGCUUUUUUGCAAGGUAACUUUGUGGAAACCGUGCAAAAGCGUGGUGCUGCUGUUAUUGCUGCACGUAAAAUGUCAUCGGCUAUGUCGGCAGCUAAAGCGGCUUGCGAUCAUAUGCAUGAUUGGUGGCAUGGUACCACAUCUGGUCAGUUCGUUUCGAUGGGUGUAAUUUCGGACGGUAGCUACGGUGCCCCCAAGGAUGUUGUUUUCUCUUUCCCAGUAGAAAUCAGCAAAGGUAAAUGGAAAAUCGUACAAGGUUUGCAGUUAGAUGACUUUGCUAAAUCGAAGUUGGCUCUUACUGGCAAGGAACUGGAAGAAGAGAAAGGAGAAGCUAUGGCCGUCUGUUCUGCGGAUUGACUAGCUACAACGGAUGCUAAGUUGUAAAAGCGCAAGCUGCAUGUUCAAUUGUAUCUUCUUAUAUACGCAUAACAGUAGUAAAGCGCUCACACUUACACAAAAUAUAUAUCAUGUAAUAAGUUAAAAAAAGUGUUUCAACGACCGUGUCCAAUAUAAUAGAAAUUUACUCAUUAGUUGAUUAUUAAAGGAGAAUUUAAGAGUAAAGCAAUGAAUAAAUAUAUCUAUCAAAUUUAGUGCAAAAGAUUAAAAUAAAUUGGUAAAUUUAUCGUAUAGUUUUUAUGCACUUUGGGAAGGCAUGUAACUAAUAAAUAAAAAUCCGUUAAUUGUUUAAAUAAAUAUUGUAUAAACUACAGAGUAGAAUAAAUAUUCGUACAGAUAAAAA